ACUCUGGGGACUGGAAUAUAAUCAACUCCUCCCCUCUUCCACGGAUGCCAUCCAGCAUGCCAGCAGCUCACAGAGGCUUCUGUGAAAUCUCACUCCCAGCCCUGGGAUUUUCCAGCAGAGCCAAAGGAAUGGGGAUCCUUGUGCUUGUUUUUAUGAUCAUCUCCCUGACCCAGCACGGAGAUGCUCAUGGACCAGAGAGCUGCAGCCACGGAGGGGGCUUGUGCCGAAUGGGAGCCUGUGCUUCUGGUGAAUACCUGGCUCAGUACUGCUUUGAACCCAUCAUUCUCUGCUGUAAAAAUCUGUCACCAGUCACCACAGAGAGCUGAAGGUUUCCAAAGGAGCACAUGGAGAGCUGCAGGCUCCACUGGCAAGGCACAGCCAGCUGUUGGGAAGGAGAUUUUGUAGUUUCUGGGACUGUUGCUCCCCUGGGAGAAUAUGGCUGUGGAUUCACUCAUGAACUCCUGAACAUUUUGGUUUUGUUGUAACUUUUUAGGAAACACUGUGACAAGAAGAAACAGGUACAACCCAAACUGUUUGUCACCCUUUUGAGAGUCUGAAUGUUAUCUGACAUGCACAGGUGAAAAAUUGCCUUUC